CUCUCUUUCCUUACCCCUCUCACUUUCUUCCUCUUUCUGUCAUUUCCAGGUUGCCACUUGGUCACUGCAGACACUAUGCUCUCUCUCAGCUCUCUCCCCAGCACCGUUGUCCCCAGCCUCCCCUCCUCUCCAGGGGGCUGUGCUACUGGGGGACCGAGGGCACGGUCCUCAAGCCAGGAGGUGGCGCUGUUCCAGACCCUGCAGGAGGCUCUGAGGGAGAUCGACCUACCUGAAACACAGGAACUGCCACAGGGUAUGAGUCACUCUGAGAUGUGUGUCUGCGUUUUGGGAUCCCCCCUCCCCUACCUCUCUCUGCUGUUGGAGGCAGGCCAACGGAGCCCAGGAGAUGCUCUCCUGUGUCUCUGUCCGUCUUGGCUCUCUCGCUCCUCCUCCUCCCUCCUGGUCCACAAGGCUGUCACCUUUGACCUGGGAGGGCGCACUUUCCUAUCCAACUUCAACCCCCCUCGCAGGGUCACCUACUUCCUGUCAUGUGACCCGUGGGCUGAGGAGGAAAUGACCCGAGAGACAGACUGCCCAAGCGGAGGUUCUGGAGCACUGGGUCGGUUCUGGGGGAAUGUUCUGACCACCAGGGUUCUGCUGCAGAAGGCCAAGAUCCACUGCCCCCUGACCCUGGCCCUUCUUUUUCCCCCGGGGCAGAUGGGGCUGGAGGAGGGCAGGACAGGAGGGGUGGAGGUGGUGCACCUAGAAAUGGGGGCGGAGGAAGGGAUGAACUCUGUUCGAAACAAGGUGGACUCUUUCCUGGAGUCUGAGAAUAUGAGGGGAUCAGAGAGGGUGGUGCUCAGGUGCAGUGGGGGGAGGUUCGUGGGCGAGGCAACCUCACCCCCUGUCUACCUGUCCAGGAACAGCAGGGAUGAGGUCUGGGCCAAGGUGAGUUAUCUCCUGCCCCAGCUCCUCCCUGGAGAGGCAGUGCUGCUGGAGGCCUACUGCUCCCCACUGAAGCCUGGGCCACGGGUAGAGGACCGCACCUGGGAACAGUACAAUGACUGCAGGCCUCAGGUUACAGACCUGUCCUUCAGACUGUGUGCCAUAGUAACUCGCUCACCUCUGGACCUGCCUCUCCUCUACAAGUUGGUGUGUAGAGUGGGUUUGUCCAACGACCCUCUCUCUCACAGCCACUCCCUCUCUCAGUCUUUGGAGACCACCCUAUUAGAGUGCGGUUUCACUGACCCUACCAUGGCAAAAUCUUUCUGUCGCCUAGCACUGGAUACCGCCCUGUCCUGCCUCUGUGUUGUCAUGGAAACAGAGUCAAGCAUGUCCGCAGAACAACGCGGUGGAGCGGGUGCCCAGACCGACAUGAUAGGCGUGGACCUCCUUUUCACCAUGGAUGGCUCCAUCAUCAGGCCUGUUAUUUUGGGCCUCCACCCCUCCCUAUGUCUCCACUCCUCCUUCCAAGAGCGAGGGAUGGGGAUGGAGGGAUGUGACAGUGGGAUAGAGGGGUGGAGUAGGGGCACCCUCCUCCUCACCCCCCUCACCCGCUCCCAGUACUACCUGAUGCAAGGGAAAACUGUGCUGGUGGUGGGAGCUGGAGGACACAGUAAGAAGUUCAUCUGGAAAGCAGCCAAACAGUACAAACUCAAGAUCCUGCUGGUGGACAGUGACCCUGCCCACUUUGCCUCCCAGUUGGUCGACCACUUCCUCUCCCUGCCAGACCUCCCCGACCAUCGCCGUGAUGACCAGCACUGCUCCCGCAUCUGUGAUUGGCUAUUGUCCUCCAGCCUCCGCCCUGACGGCUGCGUGUGCUUCUGGGACGAAUGCGUGGUGCUGACAUCGCUGGUCUGUGAUAGGCUGAAGCUCAGGGGCCCUCCCCCCGAGGCCAUCCGCAUCGCAAAGGAGAAGAGCCGCACCCACAGGCACCUCCUGGGCCUACUGAAAUCUACUGGGACUAACCUGAUCAGUGUUGAGCAGCCCUCCGGUCAGCCGGAUAGCCUGGUUGAGUUUAGAGAAGAUGAGAGGAGAGGUAGACAGCAGAACGGCAUGGUCAACGGCAUGGUCAACAUGGAAGGAGAUAGCAUGAGAGCUAUGGCCGAUUUUGACAGGGGGGAUCUCUUCAAUGAGGCAAUGGGCAAACCCGACACUACCGCCCCUACCUCUUCAUCCACCUCACCCUCCUCUUCCUCCUCACAUUCCUUUGGCACUUUCCGUCCCUCCUUUCCUCUCCUCUCUCCUUCCCCUUCCUCCUAUGCUGUUCCCUGUAUCCACGUGGAGAGCACCCUAGAUCUGGAGAAGGCAGCCAGUGGCGGGGCAGGGGGGCCUGGUGGAGCCAGUGUGGGGGUGGUGAGGUUCCCAGCGGUGAUGAAGCUGGAGUAUGGCGCGGGGGCGGUGGGCGUGAGGAAGGUGGGCUCUCUGGAGGAAAGUCUGGCACACUUUGAGAGGAUCGGAGGGGACCUCCGGGAGGAGACAGACUACCCCGGCAUCGGCCUGGGCUGGGGCAACGCCAUGAUCCUCAUGGAGUACGUGGGAGGCACCGAGCACGACGUGGACGUGGUCCUGUUCGAGGGAAGACUGGAGGGCGCCUUCGUAUCCGACAACGGCCCCACGCGCACACCGGCCUUCACUGAGACGGCCGCCCAGAUGCCAUCAGGGCUUGCACCGGACAAGCGUGCUCAGCUGAUCCGCGCGGCGCACCACGCAUGCCUGGGCUGCGGCCUGCGAGACGGCGUGUUCAACGUGGAGCUGAAGAUGACAGAAGUGGGCCCGAGGCUCAUCGAGAUCAACGCCCGCAUGGGCGGCUUCUACCUGUGUGACUGGAUCCGCCAGCUAUACGGCGUGGACCUCCUGAUGGCUGCCUUCAUGGUGUCCUGUGGGGUGCGUCCCUGCCUGCCCUCGGCCACAGCCCUCCCAGCCAGAGGCCACUUUGCUGGGGUGAUGGUGGUGGUGUCACGGCACCUCCAGGCCCUGAGGACCACAGCCAGCCCUGAGCGCCUGAGAGGGCUCCACAAGGAGGGGGCGUUGUGGCUGAACGAGCUGGCGGAGGAGGAUGAACUGAUCUCUGGGGAGUACGAGGAGCCCUUCUGUAAUGUUGGGGUGAGAGACGCCCACAAUGCCGCCAACGCUCGCCAGCGCCUCCUCGCCCUCUGCCAAGGGCUGGGCCUGCACUGUCCUCCACGCUACGACCUGGGGUACUUCCUGUCCCAUUUCAACUAGACAGGAACUCAGGGGGGAGAAGCAGGGUUUGUUCAGGAGGGUGACACAUUUACAUUUUAAUCACAGAUCAAAAUAAUACAAAGAGCUGAAACGAUUCCUUACUCUGCAGAAUUAUAUCUAUUAUAAUCCUGCCUGAAUGUUUGUUCAUAACAUUGGACCCUUCUGAAUAGAACCCAUGUUUAGCACAGGUGUGCUGUGUGCAGGGGUUAGUUUAGUUAGCUUAAAAGGUACAUCACAGGAUGAAAAAACACUCCUCUACUAUCAAAACAUUAUAUGUUAUCUCAAAAUUGCAAUUUCAGGGACUAUUCAUUCAGGUAGCAGAACCUUUCCAUUUAUAGCACUUAUAUUUUGGGGACCAUCUCAGGAAUAAAAUACAAGUUUUGAAAAGGUAUCUUCAUCAGUGAUUGGGUAGAAUAUGAAAUGGGUGUCUAUCUAUCUACCAGGGUUCAGGAAGUGAUUUGAAUUUAACAUUCAAAUAUGGAAAAACUUUUGGAAAAGCAUCUACUUUUCAGUUUAUUGACAAGUCAUAAAACAAAUAGAGGCCCUUUGUCCAAUUAAUGAAUUGGAAUUUCAGUUUACUUCCUGAAUUGACAGCCUUCAAUUCAAAUUGACCCCAACCCUGUUACUUGUGGAAUCAGCAGUCUACCUUACUACAUCAUAAUGUAGUAGGCUGCACACUGUGACCACAUAGCAGUUGAUUAAAAGCCUGCACACUGUGAACACAUAGCAGUUGAUUAAUAACAUGCACACUGAACACAUAGCAGUUGAUUAAUAACAUGCACACUGUGAACACAUAGCAGUUGAUUAAUAUAAUAUAAUAAUAAUAAUAUAAUAUAUAAUAUUAAUAACAUGCACACUGUGAACACAGCAGUUGAUUAAUAACAUGCACACUGUGAACACAUAGCAGUUGAUUAAUAACCUGCACACUGAACACAUAGUAGUUGAUUAAUAGCCUGCACACUGUGAACACAUAGCAGCUGAUUAAUAACCUGCACACUGUGAACACAGCAGUUGAUUAAUAACCUGCACACUGUGAACACAUAGCAGUGCAGGGUUGGAACGGGUGGGAGAGGGGAGUUAUAUUACACAUGCAGUAGGUCAGAGUGUCAUUAGCUAAAUACUUAUAUGAAGGAAGAGCAGAGGAAGACGGCAGAUUUUGAGGAAGGGGGUUUGAGGAGAGCAGUGGAAUAGCUCGAACAGGUGGACAGGGGUUGCGAUCGCGGAACCAUUUAACUCCAUUUAACUCUUUGGCCCAGAGAUGUCUGCGGGGUCGGUGCGUUUGAACUUUUGGGAAAAUGUGAAUUUAGGAAUGCUGACUCCCAUACAUGUGAAAGUUCAUGUCUUAAUUUAAAAGGUUGAGGUAAAAGGUUGUUCCCCCAAAAAUAACUCACUAACUAAAAGUGUUUGGAAAUGGGGAUUUAAUUCCACCACAUAUUCACACCAAUUUUUCCCUUGAGGCAGCUUAGCCCAUGAAACGAAGUGCGUUAUUUUGUUUAUGGGAAAUCAUUUGAGGCAGUUUCACCAUUGCAAACCUGUUGACCCUGGAACAAGACCUCACCUUGGCAGUUAGUGUCUGUGGUGUGGCAUUUGGGGUCUGGUGUCAGACUGACCCAGUAAGCUGGGUGAAACUGAGAUGCCAUACGUAUCCUGGCCAUCCCUCACAACCCCCCAGACAAGGGUUACAGUGGUCAAAAGGUUGGUGAUUUCCCAUGUCUUCUGUUUCUGAUUGUUUGUUUAUGUAUUUCUGAGGUAACAUUUGGGAAAAUGUAGUAGCAGACACUUCUGACUUUUACUCGAAAAGGAGGUGGGAGAGGAAAAAUCAAGAAUAAAAUAACCUAUCAAGAUUACAUCAUUAAAACCAAAUAAUAUUUCAAUGACAGUGACGGGUUUCAAUGAUCUGUGCCCUAUUAAACAAACACACACUACCCAGGCCAACGACCUCCUUAAAGAUGGACUCUACUGCAGGUCAGCAUGGGGCAUAUUAGGCUGUGAAAACAAAUCCAGAUCUGACCCAUUCACACAUCAAUGACUGACUGCAGCCUCUAUUCAACCACAGCAGUGUGUUGUGGCUUGCCAUUUGUUCUAAAUGGCCAGAUGCUAUGUGUUGUUGUUGUAGUACUCACUGUUAAGCACUUAAAACACCCAGUAGUUCACCUUAUCUUCAGCACUACUCACUAGCAGUGAAUCGAAUGGUCAUCUAUGGCUGCUUCAGGUUAUGGCAAAAGAUGAGCCUGUAGUUCCUCAUUGACAGACCUCGAAUCCUGAUCAGGGGAGAAUGACUUUAUAUUAUAUUGACAAGAUAGUCGAGUGACCGCUCGAACAAUGGAAAUACAUGUCCUCAAAGAUGGAAGGCAGGCGGGAGGAAGCGAGAUCAGGUGGGACCAUUCUAGGGUUGUCUAGAUGGGAUACAAUUUAUGUUAGAAUUGACUUUUCGUUUCAGGUUAGGAUAAUUUAUGCAGCAGGUUAGGAUAAUUAGGGUAAGCGAACCUACUAAGCCCAAGUACCUACUAAGCAAACUUCCAUCUUUGGAUUCAAAUAAAAAACAAAAAAACAAACAUUUCCUGCUGUUUAAUGAGUCGACUAAAUCAUCUGGUUGUUAUGUCCAUACAUUUUUUUGUUCUAAGCCAAUCAGAUAUUUUAUUAUUAAGUUAUUGACAAUGUGUAAGUUCCCACUAGUGGCCAAUUUCAAAGCUGCAAAAUUUUUUUGGGUGUUGAGCAGGGGUUGGAACCUAAAUUAAUUUCCAAUCGUUUUGUUCUGAACAGAACCACAAUUUAUUUCAUUUCCUUCCACUGUUCCGACCAGCAAAAUAAUGUUCUGAACCGGUUCGAACCAAAAAAAAGUACCGGUUUAUAUUAUUCCUUUCUGUUCCUUUUUUAACCUGUGAAAUCAACAAUUUUUUACAUUUAGCUCAUAAAAUUACUUCACCAAUCAGUGCGGAUAGAGCAGUCAAGCUAGUUGUUUACAUGCGUGAUGGACAGACAAGUGUAGUUUACGGCGCAAAAUGCGACUGAAAUUUUGCGGGUGGGGAGAGAGCGAGAGAGGUUUGAGGAGGAGUCUUGAAGCGUUGGGCAUCUUGUUAUGACAUGCAUUAUCUGAAUUAGGUCCACAUAAUUAUACCUAGGAGGAGCGGCUUCUAUGGAGGAACUUUGAAUGUCCUUUGAGCUAGCUAGCUAAUACGCUUGUGUGUGCAGAGCAGCACCAGAAUUAUAAAUAUGUCUUACCUUUUUGGAGUUAAGAAAUCCAACGUGAAACGUGAUAACUAGGCCUAUAGUAUUCUUAACUAGCAUUGAAAAAGUUAUUUUCCGGUUUUCGGUUCUGUUCCCUGAACUGGUUUAAACCCCUGAUACAAUGUUUACAUUUACACAAUGUUUUACAAAUAUAUGUAUCAUAAAUCAUUUCACUGCAUGAGAGCAAUGGAGAACAAAGCCUUAUUAUUAACACAUGUUUAAUUUCGGUUACCCAGAAGUAGAAUUGUCUCGCAAAAGUUUGUCAUUUCCUGUUACGAGAAUCUGUCCACAAGAGAUUAACACAGAUUUAAAGUGAUUUUUCUGUUGACAAUAAACAAUGGCUGAUGUGGAAAUGUAUUUUCCUUAAAGUUUUGAAUCAAUAAAAAGAGAACCAAUAUUGUGCUCAAGAUCAAGUGUUAUGAUUCAGCAACUGUUUUGAUUAAAAUAUAAUCAAUUCACAUUUCCUGUGUUAUGUAAAAUACAAUAAACAUUCAAAUCAA